GCCUGGCUCGCUGCUUCCCACCCUCUGCCUCUCCUGGAGCCUCUUUCUCUUUCACUUUUGCAUGCCCUGCAACCUUUUAAAAUGUUGCCCCUUCCCUGUGAUUCGUCAGACGCGGCGGCAUGUCCCCUCUCUCGCGCUCUCUCCCUCUCCCUUUUUUGUCUCCCUCUCCCUCUCUCUCUCUCUCUCCCCCCUCUCUGAUUAGACACACUGAUUCUUCAUUCAAUGGACGUCAUUUAGAACAGGCUCUGCCUUGAGUUGCUUCCUCGCUUCACGCUCGAUUUCCAGCCAUUCUUCCCUUAUUAAGUAUUCGUGUAAUAUUAAUAGUCAUGAAUAUCUGCUAUUAGGAGGCUGGAGGAAGGCAGCGGCACAUCGCGGCUAUUAGGAGCUCAAGUGGAGCAGCAGCUAAGUCCAAGAAGGAGGAAAGGAGCCAGAGAGAGGGAGGAAAGAGAAAAGAAAAAAGAAAAAAAAAGGAUUCAGAAACAAGCACACACACACCAAAAAAAAAAAAAGAAAAAAAAAGACUAAUAAACUUUGAUCCUCCUCCUCCUCCUCCUCCUUCUCUCAGGACAGCCUAGAGAUCGCCUUUGCAGCCGCACAUGAAGGGCAUCAGGACCUGGUGCAAGUUCUGAUGGAUUAUCGUAGCGCUGCCUCGCCGCACGAGAGGUCCUGGCGGUGCGGGCUCGUAGGCAGAGUCUAGAGCCGGGCUCCUCUUUUUUUGUGCGAGAGCGCGUGUGAGAGUGCGUGUGUGUGUGUGUGCGCGCACAAGGGGGGCACUUCUCCUCCGUGGUUUUUCUCCCCCGGCGUGUUACCCCCCAGCCGCUUCGCAGAUGUUAGUACACAGUUUUUCAGCGAUGGACCGUCACGACGGCACCAGCAACGGGACGGCGCGGCUGCCCCAGCUGGGGACUGUGGGGCAGUCCCCGUACACCAGCGCCCCUCCGCUCUCGCACACUCCCAACGCCGACUUCCAGCCCCCCUACUUCCCUCCCCCGUACCAGCCCAUCUACCCGCAGUCUCAAGAUCCGUACUCCCACGUUAACGACCCCUAUAGCCUCAACCCCCUGCAUGCCCAGCCGCAGCCCCAGCACCCGGGCUGGCCAGGACAGAGACAAAGCCAGGAGACGGGGCUCUUGCACACGCACCGGGGGUUACCGCACCAGCUCUCCGGCCUGGACCCUCGAAGGGAUUACCGGCGGCACGAGGAUCUACUGCACGGCCCGCACGGGCUCAGCUCAGGACUAGGAGACAUCCCCAUCCACUCCAUACCUCACGCUAUCGAAGACGUGCCGCAUGUAGAAGACCCGGGUAUUAACAUCCCAGAUCAAACUGUAAUUAAGAAAGGCCCCGUGUCCCUGUCCAAGUCUAACGCCAACGCCGUCUCCUCCAUCCCCAUCAACAAGGACGCGCUGUUCGGCGGGGUGGUGAACCCCAACGAGGUCUUCUGCUCCGUGCCGGGCCGCCUCUCGCUGCUCAGCUCCACCUCCAAGUACAAGGUCACGGUGGCGGAAGUGCAGAGACGCCUCUCCCCGCCCGAGUGCCUCAACGCGUCUCUGCUGGGCGGAGUGCUCCGGAGGGCGAAAUCUAAAAAUGGAGGGAGAUCUUUGAGAGAGAAACUGGACAAAAUAGGAUUAAACCUGCCAGCCGGGAGACGUAAAGCUGCUAAUGUCACCUUACUCACGUCGCUAGUGGAGGGAGAAGCAGUACAUCUAGCUAGAGAUUUUGGGUAUGUUUGUGAGACAGAAUUUCCUGCCAAAGCGGUAGCUGAAUUUCUCAACCGACAACAUUCCGAUCCAAACGAGCAAGUCACAAGAAAAAACAUGCUUCUAGCUACAAAACAGAUUUGCAAAGAGUUCACCGACCUGCUGGCUCAGGACCGAUCUCCCCUGGGGAACUCGCGGCCCAACCCCAUCCUGGAGCCGGGCAUCCAGAGCUGCCUGACCCACUUCAACCUCAUCUCGCACGGCUUCGGCAGCCCGGCCGUGUGCGCGGCCGUCACCGCCCUGCAGAACUAUCUCACCGAGGCGCUCAAGGCCAUGGACAAAAUGUACCUCAGCAACAACCCCAACAGCCACACGGACAGCAGCACCAAAAGCGGCGACAAAGAGGAGAAGCACCGAAAGUGAAGAUCCAGCCCCUCCUCCUCCCCCCCCCCCCCCCCGCAGCCAGCAGCCAGCAUCCAGCCAGGCAUCUCCUGCCACCCCUCCCCCGUGCCCUCCUGCCCGGCCUGCUCUCCUGACUCCGCAGGACUGCUCUGCCCUCCCCCUCCCGGCACCAUCCUCCCAGGGACUCCCAGGUUUGGAGAGAAGAGAUCAGAGGCGGGAGUGGUGGGGGGGGGGGCCCAUGGAGUCAGCAACAACAAAAAAAGUUCUUUGAGCUCCCGAACUUUUUUGUUUCGAAAUAAGAAACACAAAAAAGCAGCAAGAGGACCCUUUUUAAAAAUAAAUAAAUAAAAAAAAAUAGAUGAAAUGAAAGCAACAAAAAAUAAUCACGCUAAAAAAAA